AUGUCAACGUUUCUGUCCGUAAACAUGAACGUCGUGUCCCACCAGGACACGCUGUCCUCUCUCGGUUCGGUGGGUUUAACACGUCCUGGACCAAUCCACGGAGGAGUAGUUCAGCUCCAGCCAAUGGCAGCUGCUCUCUUGUUGAGGUGGGAGCGGCUGGCGCAGUCAGCCAGAGGUCCCCCAACUGGUGGAGGAAAUCUUGGUGGUGCUGGACGGAUCGGGUUUGUCUGCAGCUGCGGAGGGAUGGGAGGAAACGCUCCGAGUCGCUUUCCUGAGGAGGAUGGAGGGAUUACUUUUGUGAAGGGCAUCCGGCUGUCAGACAGAGUCAUCAACCGGAUGAAACAUUCCUCAAAGCUCAAUCCUCCUCUCACACCAGAACCGCCAACCACUCCACUUCCUGAAGCGCCUGCUGAACACGUGUUACCGCUCCUCACACCUCCUCCUCCAUCACCACCAUCAGUGGAAGCUGUUUCUCCUGUGAAACUUGCCCUUCCUUCCCCAGUGAAGUUCACCUCCUUUCCUCCAGCCUCAUUGGAGUCAGCAGAGCCUCCUCCACUUACAGAGUCCAAAACAGCUCCUUCAGUCUUUACUCCACCUUUGUCCAGAUCUUCUCCUCAGGUUGAGUCACCUGCAGUGCCUGACUCUGCUCCUCCACCUCCUGAUGUACAGUUAAAAAUCCCUCUCCCACCUGAAUCCCUCCUUUCACCUCAUGUAAAAGCAAAAACCUCCACUAUGUCGCGGAUGUCAGAACAAAUCAUUGAAGCUGUUGUCCUCCCACCACUUGUGGAGUCACCUCCAUCACCUCCCUGUGAACUCAUGACACCUACGUCUGCCGCUUCACCACCUGCACCAGUUGAAUCGAUAAUCCCACCCAUCCCUAAUGAUUCUGCUCCAGCUGAAGCUGCAGCUUUACCUCCAGGAUCAGAAACGUCUCUGGUGCCUCCAGCUGAGUCCAAAACGUCACGUCUUCUGGAGCCCGGUGCAGCUCCACACCUUUCUUCAACUUCACCAUCCUGUCAGUGUAAAAUGCUGUUAGCGAUACCCUCCGACAGGCCUGUGAAAGAUCCAGCUCCAGCUGAAGAAGAGUCCAUCAUGACCACAUGUUUAGCCCCGGAUGAAGGCGAUGAAGCUCCAGAGCCACCUGCAGCAGCCUCGACUCUUAAAAUGUUGGAGGAAGACCUCAGACAGAAGAUCAGGGCAGAUAUGCAGAGAAGUUUGGAGGAAGAGAUCAACCAGAACCGACAGAAUCUGCAGCAGCAGCUAGAGGAGAUAAGGGCUCAGGCUGAAGCUGAGGCGAAGGCAGCAGCUCAGGCUUGGGUGGAGGAGCAGGUGAAGAAGACUCUGGAGGAGGAGAAAGCAGCACACACAGAGAAGCUGAUAAAGUCCAUCAGAAAGGAGAAGAUGAUCGCAGUGGACGAGAAGCUCAUGAUCCAGCUUUAUUGGAUGGAGCUGAAGGCUCACCAGCUGGAGGAGAAGGAGAAAGAGAUCAAACAGAAAGGCACUCUCUACAAGGAGCAUGUAGCAAAGCUCCAAGCAAAGUGUUCAGAGUUUUAUGAAGUGUCUGCUAAGAACUUCCAGGAAGGCAAAGAGGAGGCUCAGAAGCGUUUUGCGCGUUUUAACGUUCAGCCCGUGUGUGGAGACUUGCAGGACCAGAUACUAAAAUGCUACAAGGAAAACCCGGGGAAGACUCUAACCUGCUCAAGAAUCGCUUCAGCCUACAUGCAGUGUGUCGACAACGCCAAGAAAGUCCAAGUUAAUACUUGAACAAUGAUGAACAAAUAUGGACUUGAAUCAAACAACCAGCAGGAGUCUAAUCCAUCGUAUGUCUCUGAGGUGUGGACGUUUCCUGUAGCCGUGGUUUCACAAACACAGUUCAGCUUUAAAAGGUUGAUGAACAUCUUACCUGUAGCAGAUAGCCUUCUGACUGAUCCCAGUUUCACGACCUACCUGCAAAGACAAGUGGAGCUAAAAUUGCAACUUAAACUGCUUCUGUCAAAAACUCUGCGCAGUUUAUGUGAAUUAUAAAUUUUUUAUUUUCCUAUUUUCUCCAUUCUGGCAGAAAUGUUCCUGGUGUAAAUUCCCCAGGUUAAUUGGAACAACUACAACUAAUAAAUAAGAUAAUUUUUAUUAAUCAACCAGGAAAUAUGAAGGUUCUGAAAAUGUUUAUAAAAUACCAUUUGUAUGAUCAACUAUGAAAAUGCUCAAAUUCAAUGAUCUAUGUACAAACGUUCCAUUUAACCCUACUUUAAAUGAUCAAAAAAACACUUUGUAUAAAUCACUGUAACCACCUGUGUUAGCAGAGCACACAAACCAGUUUAAAACAUCAACGAGAAGAGAAUAUAAAUCAAAGAUUAAUUAAAUUAAUAUUUUUGUGUACCUUAAAAUCUAGCAAAGCCAACAGUCAAUAUUUAUGAGACAACUAUGCAAAAGUGUUUGAGAUGUACAAAAAAAGUUCCACGCAGCAAUAAAGUUUGAACAUGUUUGGAGGAGUUCUUAGUUUAAGAGAAUGUGGGUAAAUUCAGUCUACAUGAGUCUGUUUAUAGGGAAAAUGUUGUUAAAAGGUUUAUUCUGCAUCAUAAAGCAGUCAAAUGAAAAAUACAAGAUUUUUAUGUGUUAUUUGGCACAUGUAUAACUUCACUUGUGAGCUAAAUGUUGUUAUAUUAGAAAAAAACAGAAGUGCAGCUUUACAUUGUUUACUAAUCACAAUCUUCAAUAAAAAUGAAAAAAAAAAGUUGUUGUUUCCAGGGAUGUGAAACCGACUGUGACAUCAAUGCAAAGCUGAAAAGGCUGAGAGCUUUAAGGUCACCGUGACCCAGCUCCUCAGACUUCCUGCUAAAUCAACAGCACUGCAGAGGUCUGAUUUAUGGUGGAGUGGCAGGCCUGGCCUCACUGAAAAACCAUGAAAACUCUAAAACUAGCAGACUUGCACCAAGGCACUGACGGAAACAUUUGUAUUCAUUCUCAGAGUCGUAUUUUUGAGGAAAGAAGGAACAAAACUGCUGUCAAAUACAGAGACAUGAGGUUGGGGUGGUGUCCAGACAAAGUGAUUCUGGGCCUUUAAACAUGAGUGUGACUAAAAAUAAAUAAACACAAACCCACCACCA